GGUCGCCUGUUGGCCAGGCGCGUUGCGCGCGUGUACAUGUAUGUCUGAACGCCACGUCUUCGACGAAACGCGCACUGGUCACUAGCAUGCGCUGCGGGCUCUCUGAGAGGUUUGGGUUCAGUUCUCGUAUGGCCGAUAUCCAGCCACUUAGUGUGUCUGUGCUGUCCAUGGAUGUACACCGCAGAACUCUUUCACCAAGACUCAAAAGCAGGUAGCGGACCAAGGAUGCGCUUUGACCAGUACUGGCAGUAGUGACCUGCAGGAGUGAGUAGGCAACACGUAAGCCAGCUCACAACCGACGGCAGAGAGUAUAAGACGGCGCGUCGUUCCUCUCCAUCCCUGUGGAGUUAGUUAGCAGUUUCAGUGCACGUUCGACAUCGAUAGCCUACCUCUAAGUGUGCAGUAUUACUGUUAGUCCUGAAGAUGGAAGUAGCGAUACAAAAUCACCAGCAUACUCGCCCUGAUAUACCGCACACCAACCGUCAUCAUCACCACCAUCACCACAGUCGUCAACGUCAGCAGAACAAACCUCACAACCACCACAACCACCACCACCACCAGCAGCAAGAUCAGGUGGAGAAGCGUACAGCGCCCACCGUCCAGGUCUUCCUACCGACACGGAAGUUCACCGCGCCUCGGACCCCAGACAAUGGCGUGUACCCCGACGAAGAUUCUCCCGACUUCCCCAGUCCACCAUCGUUCGUGGAUAACUUCAAGGAGGAGGCUAGGAACGACCAACCUGGGAAGAUCAACAACCUGGAGCUGUCGGACAGUAGUCACUCGCUGGACAACCACGAACAAGACGCCGAUAUCUUGUGCCUGGAUAAAGAGAAGCCGUCCAGCAAGAAGUGUCGGCCUAACCCGUUCUCUAAUGACAACGAGCUCCUGUCAGAUAACGUCACUCCACUGAUCCUGGCUGGUGUCAGAGACAAGCUGAUGAAAAUGAAGCUCAACCACGAGUUGCCUUCCGAGUCCUCCUCGCUUGGCGAGUUCAGCGCCGACACGAACUCAGUAGGAGACCAUGGUGACAGCACUGACAGUCCGGUGUUCGCGGAGCGCCACUCGGAGCCUCGGCCGUCCGUCGUCUACCAAGCCGCACCCGGCGUCUUUCUCUCCAUGCCGACAGCGAAGAAGAGCUCCCAGCCAGCACCAUCGAAGUCUCCCAUGUCCGACCCGUCGACCAUCUCCACACGCCGAGAAAGCACUGGCGGUGGUGUGUUCAUCACCGGCCUCAGCGACAAGUUCAUGCCGGCGCCGCAGCCGGCAUUUCGCAAGACGCCGUCACCUCUCCCGCAGCUAACCGAGGGAAAGGUGGCGAAGACGGAGCGCAAUGAACACAGCAACAAGCAGUCCGCAAAGGACAACGGAAUUGCAAGAAAUAGCAAGUCUCCGAGUCUAGGUGACAUCAACGAGAAGCCUGGAUCAAAUGUGUUUGUGUCAAUGCCGAGGAGUUCGAAAGCCAACUCCCUGCCGAGAAUGCCAAGACGCUACUCCAUGCCUAGCUUUCCACAACAGCUCACGAGUCCGGGAAUGUCAACAUUCAUAUCUCUCGGGCAGAGUCGGGAAGAUUUAGCAACUGGAGGCCGCUCAUCCUCUCACUCCACACUGGGAAGUGACGUGACGCAGGACAAGCCCUCCUUCAACAAGUCAAUGUCUCAACCGGAUGGAGACACAGCAAGUACCAGACAAUACGCACGUUCCGGCAGCCAUGGCAGCAUAUUCAGCCAGACUUCGCCGGUGGCGGAGAACGGAUCCGGGUCGCCCGUAUUCUUCUCCAUGCCGCGGGGCGCCAUGCCGCCGCGGGGCCCGGUCGGCUCGCUGCCCCGCGGCACGUCGAUGCCCAGCUUCACCACCGCGGCCACGCCGCGCAUGAACACGUACACGUCGCUGGGCAAGCGCAGCGCCAGCACCGGUGGCAAUAAUGGGCCUAUUGGAAGCAGCUCAGCGUCAACGAUGAGCCACGUGACAGCGUCGAAGCCGAAGGAAGAAAAGAAGAGUCGCUGGAAAAGCCUCGACAAUGUGUUUUUCCCAAAGAGGGGCAGGAAAAACUCAAGCGCAACAUCGACAGAGCACACGUUGGAUGAAAGCACCAAUGAUCCAACGCUGGAUCCGGACAUGGUGGCUGCAAUAGCCGAAGCGCAGCAACUGCGUGAAAACGAGCGUCGUCGAAGUAGCUCCUCCGUCUUCAUGGCCAUGUCAACAAUGGAGAACACCAGCCCAAGGUCAGCUCGACCGCAGCGACAGCAGUCGGCUCGUGAGCUGGGCGGAUCGCAGGAAAGGCGCCGCGGCACGCUUCUCCGCCGACGGGCUAGCACGUCAACAGAACCCGUCAUGCUGGUAUCAUUAGGCUGGAAGUAGUAGUACCAGUAGUAGCAGUAAUAGUACAGCGAGGCUUGAAUAGAUGCAACAAGAACGCCGGCAUGGUGUUGGUAUGCCCGGCACAGCUUUCGUUACUUGAGGUGUAUCCCGUUCUGAUCACCUCAGUAUGAGAUUGUAGUCAGGAACAGCUACAUGCAUUGCAACAAUAUCAGGGAAGGACCAUACCUGCAGUUACGGAUUGUAACUGGUCGGUGGUUGAUCUGCAACGCACCCCUGCCGACUCCAGCUAUCAUAUUCGUGCAACCAUGGGCCUCUCCACUCCUACUGACUCCAGCAAGGACCAGGGAUUCAAGUUGGCCGAGAGACCGAUGUCUCGCCGUAUUUGAUACCGCUGAUGUAGGCCAACGGUAUACCAUGUCAAACAUGGAAAUGGUUGGUCGUGUGUUAUGCACGUGGCAAACCCAUUAUCAGUUUCUGAGCGCCAUUGCACCAAACACUACCAAAAGAAAUGCUCACAAUUUGGCCACUUGAUAUUUUAUUGAUUUUUUCCGGAAGACUUUCUUUCUCUCACAUCUGUCGCUAAAAUACUCACGUAUGCGCCUGGCAAUGAUCACUGCUGGUAUCGGUUAUUUUCUGCAGAUUUGGUUCUCAUUUCGAUCCCACCGUUGCCGCUCCAGGCAGUACGUGGCAUAUGACAGUCAUAAUGACAGGGAUGUAUUAAAGCUGGUACAAUUUCAUGUAUUAUCCAGCGUUUAGGUAACUUA